AUGCCAGGACUGUCGGCAGACCAGCUCGAGAAGCUUCGCGGUCGCCGGUUGCCUGUUCUGAGAUUCGGCGAUAAACCCUCGGAGAACCCAGAGACUGAUAGGGAUCCAGAAGAUAGAAAAUCUGCCGGUGGCGAACCCUCAGCCGCAUCUGAGGAAACAGCUUCGCCUCCUGCUCCAGAAAGGCCACAAAUUCCAAGAAAGUUUAAAAUCCAGAGUCACACCGAAGGCUCAGAGUUUACUUCACUGGUUACGUUCAAUAAUCCAUGGACAAGUGCCUCUGAAUGGUCCUCCAAGACAUUGGCCGACCUUCGCAAGAUGCUUGUUCCUCACGUAAAGGCUGAAUAUGCCUUCUGCAUGGAAGACAAGUCGACUGUGCCUCAAGACAUGCCUCUGGUAGACUACCUCGAAGACACUGCUCCAGGAAAGCCAGAUAAUGGUGUGGAUGGCGAAGAAGAAUCGAGCACAAAGUCGGAGUCGUCUUCGGAAAGGCGUCCAGGUCAUAACAUCAUCUACCUGAAAGAGGAAUCUAAACCAGAGGCUGCCAAGAUGACUUCUGUCGACGCCUUGAAGAAGUCCUUUUUGAUUAAAUUUGUUGACAAAAGCAACGAGAAUCCAACCCGCUCCCUUCAGUCUUCAGAGCUUCCUGGAGACAUGAAAAGAGCCCAGCUCGGGUCUUUGCGUCCAUAUGUUAACAUGUCAAGCGAUCACUCACGUCAUGAGUUCUGUCUCAGUGACGGCACGGGUGUGAGCGAUUCAAUGACAUUGAGGACAUAUAUCUCCAAAGGCGAGGUGCCGAGUGACAUCGAGUCAGAUCUUCCAAUUCUUACCGUCUACUUCCAAAAGGGUGGACGCAAAAGUAUUUUCGCUGAAGCGUCUGACGAGAUGAAAGAUCUGGGCAAGAUCGACACAAAGACUGAUUUGAAGUUUGGAGGUGGCAAUGAAAAACCAGUGACUGCUGCGGAAAUGGCAGGCAAAGCUGCUGACACUUCAAACCUGGUCUUUAACGAGACCUUUCUGCAAUCUCUAGCUUCGGUCAAGGCAAGCAAGUAUUUGACUCCUGCAGAGUUAGAUGAGAUGCAGUGGGAUACCGUCUUGGGGAACUGUAACGUCAUGUACGGGUGGAAAUUCGAUCUGAACUCCAUGGCGGUAAAACCAGCGCCCCAGCCCGCUUUCAAGUUGAGGAAGGGUCUGAAUCUGGACCUCAAUUCCAACCCUGUACCAUCUUCACAGAUCAUUAUACCCGCAAAUCAUGUGGAGAGUGCAGGGAAUGGAUCUCAGGUUGAGCGUAACGAGGGUGCUCAAGGUGCCCAAGGUGAGGAAGGUGAUGGCGGCGAUGUCCGUGAGGACGGCCAGACCCAAGAUACUCCCAGAGAAGGGGGCGUCGAGGGAGGACAACCCGCCAAGCCACCAGCAACUGUCACAGUCUCCCGGAGAAAGAAGCCUGAGGCUCUUCCGAACUUUGCUGUAGUCGAUGAUUCAAAGAUUGAGAUCACUCUUGUCAGCUCCAGAUUGGAAGAAUCUAUGGCCAAGAACAACUUUAGUGCCUCAUCAUUUGAAGUCGGUGGGUCUGCCAAUAUCAAAGGUGUAGAUCUCGGCGGAUCAGGAGGAAGGUCUGAACGUACAGAGCGUGGCGAGGGCAAGAGAGACACCAGCAGCGAGACUUUGAUGAUUGGCAAUUAUCGAUUCCCUCGUGCUUCAAUCUUUCUCAGAGCAGAGGAUCUUGAACCCACUGAGGGUCUCGCAGCUGCGAUCGAGAGAGUCCGACUUACAAAGUCGCUAGAUCAGCUGAAGGCCCUUUACGACAACUAUGGCCAUUUCUUCUGUGAAGAGGUUCUCAUUGGCGGACGGCUGCAGACAACUCGAGCUACAAAUAUCACUGAUAAGUACUCGGUAACCAGGGCUAAGAGUCAGUUCAAAGCUGAGGUAGGUGUUGCAAUCUCCAUCCCAAAGAUUGCCUCAAUCAAUGCCAAGUAUUCCAAGGAAAGUGGAAGCGAUGAGGAGCAUAGCCAGCAGGAAACACAUUCCAGCGACGCUAUUACUUUCGAGGCAACGGGCGGAAAUACCAUCCUCGCCACCAAUCCCCCUCGAUGGUCUGAAUCCGUAUUGGAUCAUCGCAACUGGCGUGUCAUCCAGCGCAGUGGGCUUACUCCUUUGGGAGAAGCUCUAGGUCGAUGCAGCGUGUUAGAGAUGAGGCAAGCACGGGGAUGGUUCGCACAGGCAGUACCAUUCCUUUCCAAGUACAUUGCCAUCCCAGAGUCAAGGGUAGUUCCUGUUCGCUUCAAGCUAAACUCGAAGAUACCGCAACUCAGCACUCAUCAGCCAGAUGACAUUUUCAACCGUGAUGUCUGUCACUACUUCGGCCAUCAGUACGGAAAGUGCGUCAGCCCUAUUCGGGUUGACCUCAGAGUCAGAGAUAUCGUCAAAGAGCAGAUUCAGAGACAGAGUCGACAGAGUCCCUCCGGUAGGCAGCAACUAUCAACACUGGACAAAAUAUCCAUGUUGAACCCAAUUGGACUUGCACUUCAAGCUCCCAAGCUUUUGGAAGGCGGCGCAGUCACUGGUGACAUCUCAAUGAUCUACACUGAGACUGAGACUGAGACUAUCCAUGAGAUUCCUCUUUUCUCUCCCGCGAGGACACAGGCCCCAGUUGCCCUCCACUACAACGAGUCCAACCUCACACAAGGGGUCACCCCAGACUCGAAGAGCCGAUACAAAGAGACUGUUUGGAAUAUGGUUGUUCCCUAUGGUGAAUGGCUGAAAGACAAUUCUUUGGUAAUGCUCACAUCUGCGGCUGGUGCUAGCCAGACAUUCAAAGACGAUUUGUGGUUAACGGUCUACCGCAAUGCACAAGGCCAAUUCAUGCCAGCUAUGACAUCAUCCGGCGAUGCUUCAUUCUGGCGUGUCAAGAGAGAAACCAAAGGCAGCGGACCUGAGAUCAGCGAGGGCAACACCAUCAAGCUGACGUGGCGAUUCUCCGAUCAGACCUCUGGGUUUAGGGACUUCUACGAAGAUACCUUCGGGCGACGGACUUUCAACAAGCCUGAGAACGUUCUAAAAGACGAGCUUCAUCUCAAACUUCCUUUCCCUGGAUUCCAAAAGACGGAAGACAAGAAUCGCGCCGCAGGAGAAAGCGCUGGUCUAGCCAUGAUUAUGAGUGAGAUCGAAACCGAUGCCCCAUUUCUUCAGGAAGUAAGCAUUAGCUCCAGGAAGAAAGAAGGCCCUCAAAAGCGAACCUAUAAUUUGCACCCCACCAGUUUCCGAGUCGACCUGGUUGGCAAUGAUGGCUUAGGCGAACUGGAGGAUUACAUGACGGUCGGCUUGGAUCAGUCUCUGUUCCAGAGCGUAAAGACCACCAUUUCUGUGAGGGAGGAAAUAAUCAAACAAACCAACAGUCCUCAAGUUGGUCAUGACGUGAUGGACAGGAUGGAUCAACUUGGAAGCGCCUUGUUGGGUUCUGCAUUCCCAAAUUUCUCACCUCCCGCUAAGUCAAUUAUUUCCAAAGCAGCAGGGCUUUUCAAGGGUAUACUGGGGUAA